AUGACCCCUGUGCCUGGCCCCCGGCUCCUUGCACCCGUCAGCAUGCAGCUGGAACCGGCCCCACUGAUACCAAAACAGCUUGGCAGCGUCCCAGCUCCAAUUUCGGAUAAACACGCUUCCUUCACAAAUUUGGACGGUAAAGUGACAGUCACUCCGCACAGCAAAUGCAAGGUCAUUGUUAAUGGGGUGCCCAUCACGGCCAAGACGAAGCUGCAGCAUUUGGACCGCGUUAUUUUCGGGUCCAACAGCGCCUACCUCUACGUGGGGCUCCCCUCAGAGCGAGGCGGCGAGGACUGGAGCCGGUUUGAUUACGACUUCUUCCAGCUGGAGAGGGCAGCCGCGGAGGGAGCUGCGCUGCCCGCCUGCCUCCCGCCCGGGGUGAGGAGGAGGCUGAACGGGCCCCAGACCCUGGGCCAGAGGCGCCCAGCAUCUAGCGAGGUCCUCAACCAGUCAGCCGGCGCCUGGAACGGGGGCCACGGGCACGCGGACCCCAGCAUCCUGGCUGUGUUCCAGGACUACGUGGGACUGAUGCCGCUGGUCGCAGAAGCCAAUCAGAUGAGUGAGGAGCUGAAGAAGGGACUCAGAAUGGAGUUGAAAGUGAAGAACUUGGCAUCGUCGGAUUCCAGGGGCUACGACCUGCAGAAAGAGGUCAUGGUGAAGGUGACCAACCAGAGGACUCACGAGAGUUCACUUCUCCCGGGAGAGUUCUUCUCCCGGGAGAGUUCUGACUCCGUCGUCUCCACCAGGUCGUUCCCGGGGCUCCAGGACGCGAGCAGUGCUGGUGUAAUAAUAGGACGGAAUCACAGAAGUGAAUGGGCAGAGCGGCAGGUGACAUCAAGUACUGGUGGCCUCCCUCUGUGUUUCCAGGUGUGGGUCUGGUCAAAAGCCAAGUUUAUCAACAGGAAGUUCCUAAUGGAGGAACUCUACCAGCGCUUCCUAGACGGGGAAGACAGCCACGUGGCACGGGAAGACGACCCCUUCUGGGACCCCGUGGAGGCCGUCCACCUGGGCUCAGCGCACGUCUGGCUCCAGCCGCUGGCCCACCUCAUGGAGCUGGAGGAGCAGGCGGCGCUCCUGGACUGCGAUGGGCUGGAGGAGGCCCUGCUGCACGUCCGCGUGAGGCCCUGCUCCCCAGCAGGACGAGCGUGUGGUGAGGAGGACGUGGUCAUGGACCCUGUGGAGCUGCUGGGCAAGAGGAUGGACUUCCAGAUCCACAUUGUGCGGUGCCUCGGCGCCCAGUGGCUGAAGGAGGACGCGGAGCGGGGCAUUCAGAUGGGGUACAGAAUUUACGACCUCCCACACGCUUUAUAUACCAAGCCUGUAUGGAAGACUGUGAACCCCCAGAUUGAAGAGUCUGUCCAGUUCACAGCCCUAAACGUGUCACAGGAGUUUCUGAAUUAUUUACAGACAAAUGCUCUCAUUGUCGACUUGUGGGGUCUUCAAGAGGGCUGUGCUGAGCUGAGCUGCUCCCGGCAGGACCUCAUGGUGACAGGUGAAGGCCACAUCAUGGUGGACACCAAGGACACUGCCGCUGUGAUGACUGCAGGCCAGACGCCGUCAGACCAGACACCGGAACUUUCUCUGAAGCUGCUCCAGCUGCAGCGGGAGGCGGAGCUGCUGAGGGGCGCCAACAGGGCCCUGCGAGAGGAGAACACGUCCCUCCGAGAAUCCCUGGAGAGAGCGGGGCCCGCACGUGAGCCUUCCACCGCCCUGACGGUGGCCCGGGACGCAGCGCUGUGGCUGGAGGGGGACCAAGAGCGUGACUGGCAGGCCGGCUGCGACAGAGCGUUUGCCGCAGCUCUGAAGGCGUUCUACCAGCGCGUGAAUGUGGCGACAGGCCAGCUCCUCCGACUGAGGCGACAGGAGCCUCCUGAGGACGAUCAGAUGCUCCGACCGUUUGUCCACCGACAGUCGCGGAUGUUGUGGGACUCCGGGGAGCUCCUUGAAUCCAGCCUGCGGACACUGAAAACAGACGUGGCGCUCAUAGCAAGGAAGAGGCGAGAGCGCCCCCUGCAGCUGCAGAGUGAAAGAUGA